AUGGUGACGUACGGCCCACACUUGAAGAAGUUUGGAGUCAGGAUCAAGUUGCAAAAACAAGCGGAGGAGAGAGCCGUUUCCCACAGAGCCUCGGAGGAGCCCCGCGGUUUCGCAGAAGCGAAGGCGGCGGCGGCAGCAGCAGCGGCGGUGGCCGCGACCACCACCGCCACCACUACCGCCACCGCAUCGGAGACGCACAUCUCGCAAAUCGAGUGCCUUGUGACGCCGCAGUCCGCAGACGCCGUGGAAGCUUCGGGAGUGGCAGAGCCCGCGGCGCUCGGCUGGAAGGAGCCCGGCAGUGCCUUCUACCACGAUGCCGAUCUCCUCCCCGGCUUCGGGGCACGGGCCUCGCCCCAAGGGGUCCCGUCGCCGGGCGCGUCGCCGUGCGCGGGCCACGGGGAUGACGCGAUGAUGGCCUCGUACCUCGCGGACGGCGGUCUGGCCGACAUCGCCGCGGCGGCGUACCGGGCGGGCGACGCCGACACCCUGCCGGGCAUGGAUCCCAUCGAGUCGCUCGUGGGGCUGCACGACGCCGCGUCGGCCGACGACAAGCUGGAUGCGGUGGAGCUGAACGCGGACAUCAUCAACAACGGCUUCCACAGCAGGGCCUACCGCGAGAUGAUGUCCGAGUCGCUGGACGAGGAGGACAGCGACUUCGACAGCGACGGCAAGAUCGAGCUGAGCCUGCGCAGCAUCGAGGACCUGCGCGCCGAAAUGGGGCAGUCGAAGAGCUUGGAGCGUGUGGUGGCGGCGGCGUUCCAAAAGCCAGAAAGGGACGUGCAGGACGAGCCCGGGGUCGGGAUGGACGGCCCGUUGGCGGAGGGUGGCGGCAUUGGCGAGGACGGGCUCGCCACGAAACUCGCGGCGGUGUGCGCACCGCCACCCCCGCCGCCGGCACCGUGCUCUGCAGACGAUUUUCCCAGAGGUGCGGCAUGCCCCGCUCGCCUGGACGACGCCGAUGAGGACGACGGCGACGGCGGCACCGACGGCGCGACGGUGGCGGAGCCCGCCGAGGACGCGGCUUCCGAGGACGCGCCCGGGCCGGACGGCGCCACUGGUGCCUCGGCCGCCGGCUUCGCGUACGGGAAGUACGCGGAGAUGCCGUACGAGGAGGACGACACGCCGCCGAAGGACGGCCUCGCGCCGUUCGGCUUCUCGAAGGCGGCGCGCGUGGACGGCCCGCGCUCGUACUCGCCGCUGGGCGAGUCGCAGGUGUCGUCGAUGCUGGGCGGGGAGGCCGAGUCGGCCCGGGACACGCGCCGCGCGGCGUGCAGCGGCUCCCUGCCCAGCGCCAACAGCCCUGCCGUGGGCUCCUCCCCGUCGUGGGCGUGCGGCUCGCCGAUGGAGAGCCAGCCGUCGGCCUCCGCCACGCAGCUGAGCGCCGAGGCCUCGGAACCGGACCCCCACGACUCGGGCUGCGUGGCCAAGCGGAAAAAGGGCAAACCGCCAAAGCUGACGGUGAUCGAGACGGAGGCCGGCCGCGAUGCAUCCGACAACCGCCCGCUGGAGCCACCCGUGCUGACGCCGGUGCACGAGGUGGACGCGCACCGCAGGAGCAGCGGGCGGUGCCGGGGCGGUGCCGCGGCGGUGGUGGCGGUGGCGGCGCACGGGAAGCCGGCGGCCCUCGACCGCGCCGCCGCCGCUGCUGCCGCCGCGGCGGCCUCUUCCGUAGCCGGCGACGACGACGAUGAAGACGACGAUGACGACGAGGAGGAGGAGGAGGACGACGAGGAGGACGAGGAGGAGGAAGACGACGCGUGGCCCGAGAGCAAGGCAAUGAAGCCGAAGCUCAAGCGAGUCGGCCAUGAGCUGCUGCCAUUCAAGCAGAAGGUGGGGAGAAGCACUUUAUUCAUGGGGAUGAAGAACAAAGCGGCGAGGUCCGUCUUCGGGAAGAGCAAAGUGAAGGACCUGCUGCAGGGCACGUUCAGCGGCAGCCACCAACUCUGCAAGCCAAAGAGGGGCCGCCCGCAAACGAAGCACUUAAAGAAGGCCCCCUCGGACGAGAGCGCCGCGUCGGACUGGCCGCCGUCGUCGCCCAAAUCCAAAGCGGCACCCGAGCGGGAGGUGAUCCUGCAGCCCUACGACACCCUGGCCCUCGGCGGCCCCCUCUACUCCAACACGGCGGGCCUCACGGUGAGGGUCCCCGUCAAGAGGGGCCCCGGCCGGCCCAGGAAGCUGUCCGUGUGCGACGCGGGCGCUCCGGCGGCGGUGAUGGCGUGCGCCCCGCUGAUGGCGGGGUUCAAACUGAAGGCGGCGCCAGCCGACGGGUGUCACAAGAAGGUGGCUCGGCAGAAGGCGGGAGGUGGCCAGGGCGAGGCGCUCGGCGAGCUGCUGCACAAUCGCACCGUGCUGACGAAAAUUAACAAAAUGAAAACGCUCAAGAGGAAGAAAAUCCUCAAUCAGAUUCUGUCGAGCUCGGGCAAGGCCAAGAGGGGAAAGUCGAAGGUGAGGUUGGGCGAGGUCAGCAAGAAACCGUGCCCCAUCGCCGCCCCGGUCGGCGCCCGGCAGUGCCAGCAGAUCCACGUGAGCAAGCGCGGUACCAUUUACGUGGGCAAGAAGAGGGGUCGCAAGCCCAAGGCGGAUCCGCCACAGCCGUCCUCCGGCGCCUUCUCUGGCCGCAACCUGUUCCAGGCCUCGUACGGCCUCGGCUUUCCCGUUGCCUUUCAGCGCGGGCCGUCGGGGCCGCCCCCUCCAUUGCUCUCGCCCGCCGUCCGCCCACCUCCACCGCCACCCCCGCCGCCGCUGCUGCCGCCGUCAAUGUCGCAAUCUUCGAGUCCCGGCACGUGCGGCGCGGGCGGCAAGGAAUACGGCCGUGGCGGUCCCGCGGUGCAGCCGCAGGCCCACCAGCAGCUGCACGUGCAACGGAGGCCGAUCGCCACCAAGGCGAUGCUCAAGCAGGGCGCGCAGAGCGCCGGCCUCAAGUUCUCACCGCAGCCGGCCUACCCGACGCGCUCGCCGUCGCGCUUCUCCGAAACGAUGCCGUCCCCGGCGAGCGAGGAGGCCAGCCCCAGCGACAGCGGCAUCGCCACGGACAACACCAGCACAUCAGAGCGCGCCGAGAAGCUUUGCCAGCUCGGGCCGCGGCGCUUCUCGUUCGACCGUGGGUCGGUGGCGUCGUCCUCGGAGGGCCCGGCGCUCAUCGCGUCGCCGUCGUGCCGGCCGGGUUGCCGCUCGGCCGCCCGCAAGCAGCGGCACAAGCGCAAGCGGCGGCUGAUGCAGCUAAAGCGCGGCAGGCACCGCGAUGCGGACUUCGCCGCCGAGCUGGAAGAGGUCGUCUCGAAGCUCGGCGAGUGCCGCGUGAGCUGCAGGCAGCACCCCCCGCGUGCCGCCAGGGACCUGCUGCCCAGCUUGUUCCGCCUGAACUUUGGCGGGUCACCCGGACAGCUGCCCUGCAUGCACGACGCCCUGAGCGGGGGCGGCGGUGGCGUCGGUGGCGGCCCUCGCUCGGCGGGCGAGCACAGGGCCAGGAGCAAGAAGGGCCGGUCGGCAUCCCGGGGACAGAAGUACGGCGAGCAGUCGCAGCUCUCCCCGGGCUACCGGUGCCUGGGCGAGCAGUACCGUUCGACCUUCGGGCUACGCUACGCCCCGUCCACCCUCACCGCCAGCAACCUCAACUUUGGCUACUACGGGCGGUACCCUUCGCAAGCCCACCACUCGUGGGCACCUUCGGCGACGUCCGUCCACUGCCAGGUGGUCGCGGCAGCGACGGCAACGGCGCCAACGGCAGUGGCGGCCGCGACGGCAGAGGGUGGCGGCCGAAAGCAGCAGAAGGAGCGCGGUUGCUCGGCGGAGCCGGCGGGAGCCGGAGCCUCGCCCCUGUCGCCACGCUGCUGCGGCGGCAAGGCUGGCGCCCAGGCGGUCUCCUUCCAAUGGAUGCAUCGUGACGAGCGGCUGGCGCAGAAGAAGCGGAGACAACUCCAGGGCGGUGGCGAGUUCGGCGAGCGGCAGCUACACCAGCAGCCGCCGCAACCUCUACAGCAGCAGCAACAACAUCCGCUCAGUCGUUUAUCGAUGGGCUUAGGGAGCUGGCAGUGGAGGACCCUGGAGCAGAAUAAAAUUGCAGUCCUGGGCCGGAGAAAGGGCAGCAGCACUUCUGAUGUCGAGUUUCUGAGACGGCCGUUUGAGCGGAGCCCGUCGUUCUUUGGCGGUGCGGUGGAUGCGCCGUCCAUCGGCGAAUGUGUGCGCAAGUACGCAGCCACCACCACCGCCGGUGUAGGAGGAGGAGGAACGGUGAGCCGCAGAGACUCUCAUGGCAAAUACGAGAACCUGUUUGCGAGCGCCCUGCAGAGCAGCGCGCGGGCUGAGCCGCCCGGCCUGGGGUUCGGUGCCGAGGAGCAACAGGAGGAGCAGGAGGAGCGGGAGGAGCAGGAAGAGGAAGAGGAGGUUGACGAGCAUGAGGAGGAAGAGGAGGAAGAGGAGGAAGAAGAGGAGGAGGAGGAAGAGGAGGAGGAGGUGAGAGCGGUAAUCGGAAAGGACGGCGUGGCGCGGGUGCCACCGUGGGGCCGGGGAGCAUCGCCCAGGAGAGACUGGAGGCAGUGGAGCCGGUGCUGUCGACCCGGCCAAGACGCGACCACAGGACGAGAAGCACAGGACGACAACGACGACUUUUCGGGCAGGGCCCGGUGCGGAGGGCACCUGGGCAGCGCCAGCAGCGGGGCCCAGCGACCGGAGAGAAGCCACUGCGACUUCACCAAAAUCCUGUCGACCAAGCGCAGCCUGGACCACCUCAACAGGAUCCUGCGCGUCAAGAAGCUGCAACGGGCCUCGCUCACCGGCAACAACGUGGUCAAGCGGCGGCCCGGGCGCCCACGCAAGCGCCUGUCGCCGUCGCCACCGGCGACGGGGCGCACGCGUCACGCCGCUGCCGCCGCCGCUGCAGCCGCAACGACGGCAGCGGCCGCGGUGGAUUGUGUGGGCUCCCAGCGCGUCGCCGCCGGGCGAGGGGGGGCGGCGGCGGCGGCGGCCGGGCGCUGCGACGACGCCGUGACGGACACCAUCGAGUGGGUGGUGCACGGCGCCAGGAGGCAGCGCGCCGAGCACAGGAAGGGCGUGAAGAGGAAAGGGAGCCACGGGCCGUGGACUCAGGAAGUCGCGGAGAAGUGUCCCGCGCGGGGGAAGGAGCCGGAGGCGGACGGCAGCUUGGACGGGAAAGACAAGCAGAUAGACGUGACGGCUGGCGGCGGCGGGGAUGGCGAUGGCAGCAGCGGUGGUGGCGGUGAUGGAGAGAGUGCGGAGCGAGGAGCUGGCGCCGGUGGCUUCGAGACGAGCGAGGAGCCAUUGCAGCAGCUGCCCAGCAGCCCGGCCUCCCCGCCUCUGCUGGACCUAACCAUGGCCGAAGAUGGCCAGGGCCGGAGGGGGCCACGACUCGCGAAGAAGAGAUACCAAACCGCGGGUCUCUACUCUGACGUUUACAAGCAGGAUACGCCCAGCGAGCCCGGCAGCUACAGGGCGGCCGAUUGCUCAGCCGGCGACAACGACCAUGGUCUCCUCCCGGCUCCCAUCCACGUCGGGAAAUACCUUCGGCAGAAGCGCAUCGACUUCCAGCUCCCCUACGACACCGAUUGGCAGUGGAAACACGAUCAGCUGCUGAAAAAGCCCGACGUGCCGCUCUACAAGAAAAUCCGAUCGAAUGUGUUUGUGGACAUGAAGCCUUUGUCGGGGUGCGAACCGGUCUCCUGCAGCUGCAAGAGGCCCGAGGAGACGGAAGAUUCGGCAUGCACGGAGGGCUGCCUUAACAGGCUGGUGUACGCAGAGUGCGUGCAGUCGAGCUGCCCAUGCGGGGAGCUCUGCACGAACCGACGAUUCCAGCGGCAGGAGCGCUCGGCCGGACUGGAGCGGUUCCGCACGACGGAUCGCGGCUGGGGCGUGCGCACCACGCACCACUUCCAGGCCAACGACCUCAUCAUCGAGUACCUGGGCGAGGUGCUUAGCGAAGCCAAUUUUCGGAGCCGCAUGUUGGCGCAGCGCGGCGAGCAGGCCGGCAUGUACUGCGUGCAGCUCGACAGCGGCGUCGUCAUCGACAGCUACCGCAUGGGCAACGAGGCACGCUUCAUCAACCACAGCUGCCAGCCCAACUGCGAGAUGCAGAAGUGGUCGGUCAAUGGAAUCUAUCGCAUUGGGCUCUUCGCACUCAAGGACAUUCCAAUCAGCACGGAGCUGACCUACGACUACAACUUCCACACCUUUACCGCAGAAAGCCAGCGGCCCUGCCUGUGCGGUUCCCCAAACUGCCGCAACGUCAUCGGCGGGAGGAGCCAGCGGGCAUGUCAAGCCGGGCGGCUGGGCCACGGCAGGGCCCACCAGCGCAAGGCCAAGCACAGGCUCAAGAAGCUGCUGCGAUCAAGCCCCGAGAGGCAGGCGUCCGAAGAUGCCUCCAGCCAGGUGGCCGAUCUUUGGCCGAUGCAAGCGAAGCCUCUCUCGGACAAAGAGAAGAGCUUCGUGCAGAAGCGUGGCCUCUUCCUUUUGCGGAGCUGGUGGAGAACGCGGCGGCAGCGGGAGGCGGCGGUGAACAGGAAACGGGCGACUGCUCUCUCCGGCAAGACAUGCAACGUCGUCCCGGCAGCCACAGAACGGGCGUCCGUCGCCCAACAGAAGCGCCAGCAGGGAGCGGCGGACAGCAGAGUCGAAACGCCGGCGCCUGACGUGGUGCGAGCGAUCAACGCGAUGUUCUCCACCCUGACGUCUCGAUCAGAUGCGGAGGGUCGAACACAAGCCUCCCGCGUGUUCACAAUCCCGCCCAGACAAGGGGCCCAGAACCUCCGGCGCUCCGAGUGCGGCGGUUCGGCACCGGUGGACGCGCUGGAGCUGACGGCCGUGGAACGGAAGGUGAAGGCCGGCCGCUACCGUAGCGUGGACGACUUCGACUCGGACAUCUCGCUCGUCUUCAGGACCGCCGAGAGGUGGCACGGGCGGCGGUCCCCGCUGGGCCGGGAGCUGUGCCGCCUGCGUAAGGCGUACCAGCGGGCGCGCGACUCGGUGGCGCCGCCUUGCCUGUCUGCCGGAGACGCCGAGGAGGAGCAGGAGCCGCCGCCGACGCCGACGCCGCCGCCGCCGCGAGCGGACGGCAGGAGGACGCGCGCCGAUGCCCGCGCGCCCGACGUGACGUCGACGGCCGGGCCCGGGGCGGCCGAGUCGCCAGGACGUGAGCGACAGGACGACGACAGGGACGACGACAUCAUCCGCUGCAUCUGCGGCCUUCUGCGUGACGAGGGCCUCAUGAUCCAGUGUGACAAGUGCCAGGUGUGGCAGCACUGCGACUGCAUGCAGAUCACGGCCGACGUCGAACGUUACCUGUGCGAGGAGUGCAACCCGCGCGCCGUCGAGAGGGAGGUGCUCAUGAUGCCGCAGCCAGAAUUGGCGCAGCCCGGCUGCACGUACUACAUCUGCCUGCUGCGUGACGGCCUGCUCCUGAAGCAGGGUGACUGCGUGUACCUCAUGCCGGAGCUGCCGCAGCGGAGGGGCGCACGGGGGCAGCCGCUCCGCCAGGCCUACCACCUCCGCACGGCUGCCACGGGGCCCACCCAGCUCGACAUCUUCCGCAUCGAGAAGCUAUGGAAGAACGACAAGGGCGAGCGUUUUGCCUUCGGACACCACUACCUGCGGCCGCAGCAGACGCACCACGCGCCCUCGCGCCGCUUCUACCGCAACGAGCUCUUCCGCGUGCCCAUGUACGAGGUGGUGCCACUGCGCGCCGUCGUGGAGCUCUGCUGGGUCAUGGACCUCUACACGUACUGCAAGGGGAGGCCAAAAGGCGCCGAGGAGCAGGAUGUGUACAUCUGCGACUACCGCCUGGACAAGUCGGCGCAUCUCUUCUACAAGAUCCACCGCAACCGCUAUGCCACAUGCACCAAGCCCUACGCCUUUGAUCACUUCGCCAAGAGGCUGACGCCCAAGCGCGACUUCUCGCCUCAUUACAUUCCAGAAAACUACAAGAGGAAUGGGGGAAGAUCUUCCUGGAAGAGCGGCAAACUCAAGCUCAAGGCCAAGCAGGAUGUGAGCGCGAAGAGCAAAGGCCUCCCGGCCAAGGCGCGGCCGCCCUCUGUCCCCGAGAGCCCAGCGAGCGACGGCGCCGCUGCAACGCCGCCGCCGCCGCCGCUGCCGCCACGUGCCCCACCAGUGCGCGCAGCGGAACGUAGGGAGGAGAGCACAGCGACCCGAACGCCCGGCGCGCAGCCACCGGACGACGACAAGCGAAGGGAGCAGAGGCAAAGGCUGGACGAAGUUCUCCUGCACCUCCUGGCCAAGCUGCCGGGGAAAACGGCUGUGGAUGUGUCCUACCUGCUGGAAGAGGGCGCGGGGAAGAGGCUCCGAAGGCACGCCCAGGCCACCACCGGGCUAUUUGCACUAAAGUGACAUUUUUUUUGUAGAGGCCCCCCCCACCCCAGCGGUUAGUGGGGGGGGGUGGGAGUUUGGGGGGGGUCAGACGGCC